GCGGUUUUAAAUUGUGUCUUCUGGAAAUAUCAAUUGGCAAAGGAGAAAAUACCAUCUGGUAAAUUAUAUGCCGAUCGAUAUCUUACGAGUUAUGCUGUACAAGCCAAGCUCAUAACCAUGAGACUGCUAAUACAUUCACCAGCCAAAUGAUACAAGGUCGAGUCCAACUCUUUGGUUGCGAGCGCGUUGCGCAGUAAGACUUUGCCAUUCACUCAAGAAAAUGAUGGCAGAAGUGCAUCAGGAUAAAUGCCAAUCUUUCAAAAGUUCUCAAUGUGUGGAUGAGAUACCGUGGAGAGUACGCCGACUGACAAGCCUUUCACAUGAAAGUAAGUUAUGCCGCGCAUCAAAUGGUGAUGGCUCUCGCUAGGUAUGCUCUCUAGGCCUUCAAUGCCAACACAUGUGUCCGUCGAUAACGUCGAUAGUCUGACGAACGCUUUUUAAGACGUGCACAACUGGAUGGACUAGCUUGAGGAAUGUCAUGGGGUGGUGGAGUAGCUUCUUUAGCGCAUAAGAUAGCUCAGCCACAUGUAUCAUACUCAAAUUGAUCCGUCUACAACAGUGCGCUCCGCAUUCGGGUGGCUAAUCAUUUAGUAAACCCACAUCGAACAUUAUAUGUUUUCGCACUCGUUCAGGUCAAGAGUGCGACUGAGCACAUCUUGGCCUUAAUCGUAUGGCUUCGAUAUCCCAUUUAGAUCUGCAGCGAGUGCGUAUAAACGUAUGUUUGCUUCAAUAAAGCGCAUCGCCUACGUUGAAUGCUACUCCUGCUUUAAGCACCUACAUUUUUUUUAUGUCUUAGCUCCAGCCGAAGUAUCACGAAUUUGUCCCGUGACGCUGAAUUUUCUUUGGGAUACUAUAAUUGCUUCAAAGGCGGUUGAAGCAAGAAGACUAGAAUCGACAUCGUCAAAGCGUCAACAUGACGCGGGAAUCUGUUAGAACAUCUCUGAAAGUGC